AUGGCUAGUCAACUUAUGGGCGACACCCUCCACGCUCUGCUGCGGCGAGCGACGGAGGAUACUGAUCCCGAUGAUGCGCCCGAAGCGGGCUCAAAGGAGAUUACUAGCUCCUGGGCCUUGUUUAUCAUGAUAAUGCUGUUGAUGUUCGCCUUGUUUACAAGUUACAUCCUCCAGCAGAGAAAGAUCCAAGCCGUCCAUGAAACGGUCUUAUCUAUUUUCGCUGGCAUGUUUGUCGGUCUCAUCAUUCGCCUUACAUCCCAAUCAAACCUCCAAGAUAGCGUCGCAUUCGACUAUCAAUUUUUCUUCAACCUCCUCCUACCUCCUAUCAUUCUUGCCUCCGGCUACGAACUCCAUCAAGCCAAUUUCUUCCGCCACAUUGGCACCAUUCUCACCUUCGCGUUCGCCGGUACCUUUAUCUCUGCUAUAGUCCUCGGACUCGUUCUUUACCUCUGGACGCGUAUCCCGCUGGACGGGCUGAACAUCUCCUUUGUCGAGGCUAUCUCCGUGGGCGCAACCCUCUCGGCGACGGACCCGGUUACCAUUUUGGCAAUUUUCAACUUGUACAAAGUUGAGCCUAAGCUUUACACAAUCAUUUUCGGCGAGUCGAUCCUCAAUGAUGCCAUCGCCAUUGUUUUGUUCGAAACUGCGCAGAAAUAUGCUGAGACCGAUGCGGGAUCGUUGAGCUUCCUGAACCUCUUUGAGGCGGUUGGUCUGUUCUUGCUGGUUUUCUUUGGUAGUAUGUUGGUCGGCAUCAUUGUGGGUAUUGCUACUGCGCUUGGCCUUAAGUAUACCUUGGUGCGCCGCAUGCCGAAGAUUGAGAGCUGCUUGAUUAUUCUUAUCGCUUAUGCCAGCUACUUCUUCUCGAAUGGCGUGCAUUUAUCAGGAAUCGUCUCUCUUCUGUUCUGCGGAAUAACUCUCAAGCAUUACGCCUAUUACAAUAUGUCUCGCCGAACCCAGUUGACGACCAAGUACCUCUUCCAGGUCAUGGCGCAACUUUCGGAGAAUUUCAUCUUCAUUUAUCUGGGUCUAGACUUGUUCGUCGAAUCGGACUUGCAUUUCAAUCCGCUUUUCAUCUUGGUGGCGGUCUUCGGAAUCUGUCUUGCUCGUUACCUUGCCGUGUUCCCGCUUUCCAAGGCAAUCAACUGGUUCAUUCGGUAUAAAGCCCGCCGUCGCGGCAUUGAAGUUGCCGACGAGCUGCCAUUCGCAUAUCAGGCCAUGCUCUUCUGGGCAGGCUUACGUGGUGCUGUCGGUGUUGCGCUAGCUGCUGGUCUCUCCGGCGCCAAUGCCCCAGUGCUGCGAGCCACCGUCCUCGUGGUAGUUGUGUUGACAGUCAUUAUUUUCGGUGGUACAACUGCACGCAUGCUCGAGAUCAUGGGCAUCCGCACCGGUGUAGUGGAGGAACUUGACUCUGACGAUGAAUUUGACAUCGAGGUUGCCCAUGGAGGCACCUACUACAAGCGCUCCGAUACUGCCUUCGGAUAUACCCCGCGACGCACCGACUCUACCAUCCCGCUAGAUGGUAUGGGUAUCGACAAUCCCCAGCGUUCAGGGCUUGCCGAACGAGCCGACAGCUACUCGACGGGCAACAGCCGCCGUCCCAGCCCGCCGCACGGCCACACCCGAAUGUACUCAGCCGCCUAUAGUGCGAAAGAUACGCAGGCGCGGCGUGAUCGCUCGUCAACUGCCACCCUGCUUAAUAACGGCCACGCCAGUGAUGACGAGUUUGGUCUCCCGCCAUCUGGUAAAGCGCGUGAGUCCCAAGUCGCCCAUCCAGACGACUUCGACCUCGAUCUCGAUGGCGUCUCUGAUGAUGAUGAUGACCUGCCCCCAGCUGCAUCUAAUGCUUCUCGUCUCCGCCGAUCUCCAUCAAACCCCCCGCCUGCUCCUCACACCCCAUCUCCCAAUGAAGCCUCUGCAAGUGUCUCUCCUGCCCGACGAGACCAACCACCUGGUCUCAGCGCGCGGGAGGCCCUUCGAGACCUCUGGUCCGGUGGUGCCAGUGGGGAUCACGCUGCGUGGUUCCGGCAGAUUGAUGAGGACUAUAUCAAACCUAAAUUGCUGCUUGAUCAGUCCAACCAUAAGGGUCCUGGCCCCGGCGCUGUCUGA